GUAACCAUGAUCAGCACCAAGAGGAUCGCUCAGCUGGCCAAGAAGUGGCAGACGGUGGCAGCGCUUGGGAGGAAGAAGCGCCUCACCUGGGGGCCGGCACCGGCAACAAAGGAUGUCGACAAGUGCUGCACCACCUCUGUGGCGAGCAAGGGCCACUGCGCGGUGUACACAGCCGACGGGGCACGGUUCGAGGUGCCAUUGGCAUGCCUCGGGACGACAGUCUUCGCGGAGCUCCUGCAGAUGUCCGAGGAGGAGUUUGGCUUCACGGGCGGCGACGGCAGGAUCACACUGCCCUGUGAUGCCAUGGUCAUGGAGUACGCCUUGUGCUUGCUGAGGAGGGGCGCCUCUGCGGAGCUGGAGAAGGCGUUCCUGAGCACCAUGGCAAUGCCGUGCCACUCUGCAAACCACGUGGCGCCGUAUGUGGCAGCUUGCUGUUAG